UGCUAAUUGCUAUUGCACAGUGCACGAGUGCACACGUCAGUUCUGCUUGCAUCUGCUUGUAUCGCCUGGUUGGUCGUUGCGUGCAAUCGCAGAAAAAUGAUACUUUUAAACGCACAAUUUAUCUUGUUAAUAAGUCUAAGUCUGUUGUUGGUCCGCACUAGCGUAGGAGAGAACAAAUACUCCGCCGAGGCGAACAAGGCUAAAUAUGCAGACUCCUCGCAGUUCCCGACUUCUCUCAGAGACUUGGAUAAGCCGUUCAGGAUGACAAAGUUGAAUGUGCUCUGGGUUAAGGCCAAAAACCGUCUAACGGAUACCAAGCUGCAGUCGAUCUUCAGCGAUCUGAAGAUUCAUGACAAAGAGGAGAUUGCGUACAAGCAUUUCAAAUCCGAUGGAAAGGAUCCUGAUGGUUUGGAAGAGGCGCGUCUAAGACAGAAGCUCAUCGGAAUAAUGAGCACAUACGGCCUACUGGAACACUUCGCCGAGACCGAAGAUCCAAAGUUACUUAAAAUACACAAAGCGCUGAACGACGGUAGCAAUUAUGUUGCUAAAGAUGUAUUUAAGGAUAUAAGGCUCAACAAAUUGUGGGCUAAAGCUGAAAUGGCUGGUUUUACUGAUGAGGAGCUUGAGACUUUAAAACAAGAGUUCCACCAUCAUCAAGAAAAAGUGGACGAGUACUUGAGUUUAUUGAAAGAGGAAUCUAAAGAUUCAGAGAAAGCUGAAAAUAUCUUACAUCUUAAAUCAGAAAGCUGGAACGAGUUAGAAGAACAGGAGGAAUUAUCUAACAAUAUACCAGACCAGAAAUUGAGUCACACGGAAAAGGCAAAUUUACUUCGGGAGAAACAUUUAGACCUGAGAAAUGGAUUCGAUCGUUUAGACAGACUCACCGCAAAGGGACCAAACCAUAAAGAUUUUGUAGAACCUAAAGUACAAGGAUUAUGGAAGAUUGCAUUGGAAGCAAAAUUCUCUCCCGAUGAGUUAACAUCCUUAAAGGAAGAACUUUUGCACUAUGAAUCGAGACUACUUAAGCUGAGACAUCUACAUGCAGAAGGAGCACUGGAAGCGGCACAGAAAGGUCAGCUCCACGACUUAGAAAAUUCAACUGCAGAACAGCACAUAAAGAAACAUGUUAGGACUGUACAAAAGCUUCAUAUGGAUAUAGAAACCAAAAUCAUGCAGAGGCACACGGAAUUAUAAGAAAAUUAUAUAAGAAUUAUAUACGAAAAUAAACCAUUGUCAUUUACAAAAUAUCAAAUGCAUAAAUACGUGCACUAUGAUUAAUAUAUACAGAGCAGUUAGAAAUGAAUAAUCAUUUAUCGUGAAAUAAAUGAUGAAGUAAUUGUCUAUGGAAAUGUUUAUAUUCUAAUAAUUUGUCAACUUACAUUCUUAGCAACAAUUUUUGCUGAGUAAUCUUGAUAAUUUUCGAACAAAACUUUAAUAAUUUGUACUAUAUAAAGCAUUUAAAAUACAUAUAAAUAAUUUGUACUAUAAGUAGAAUCUCCUAUAUGAACAAUGUAUGAACACACUGUAGGGAACUAUUUUAUUUUUAUCUAAGUCGAAUACAUAAAAAAUGGAAGAAUGCGAAGGUUGUGUGUGUGUUUUUGAGUACAUUUAUAAUAUCUUCAACAAUUAUAUUACUGAGAUUACAAUCCAGUGGCGAGUUUA